CUGCUGGCUGCUCUGGUGCCUUCUAGGAUGGCUGGCUUGAGGAUGGAUUUUGGCUUGCUUCUGGAGCCUCUGGGCUUCAUGAAGGUCCUUGAGUGGAUUUUUUCCAUCUUUGUUUUUGCCACAUGUGGAGGCUUUCAAGGUGAAACUACUCUUCUAGUUUCCUGCAAAGGUGUGGUAAACAAAACAGUUACAGCUGCUUUUGCUUAUCCAUUCAGGUUGAAUACUGUUGUAUUUAGUGCACCAGACCCAAAACGCUGUGGUGGUACUUGGACUGACACCUACCUUGUAGGCAACUUCUCCUCUUCUGCACAGUUCUUUGUUACGCUUGCAGUGCUGGUAUUCCUCUACUGCAUUGCUGCCCUUGUGGUAUAUAUUGGAUAUAAGCACGUGUAUCAGCAAAGUAGCAAGCUCCCACUGACUGACUUGGCCAUCACUGUCGUAACAGCCUUUCUGUGGCUGGUCAGUACUUUCACUUGGGCAAAGGCACUUGCUGACAUAAAAAUGUCCACAGGGGCCAGCAUUAUUCAAGGAAUUGAAUCUUGCAAAGUACCAGCAACAACUUGUAUUUUUGCUUCUGUGAGCAGCAUGAAAGUUCUGAAUGUGUCUGUGGUGUUUGGCUUGCUUAAUAUGCUUUUAUGGGGAGGAAAUGUUUGGUUUGUAUACAAGGACACCAACCUGCACACCCAGUCAGUUUCUCUAAGUCCAGGAACAUAUACAAGAGAAAUAUAA